CCGGCCAAUCGCUACUGUCCCUUUUAGAGGUGGAGCGCAUUGUUCGUUUCCGGUUUAAUAAAGUUUGAUUUGAUGCGAGUAGACAUGGGUGCUGUAACAGACGAUGAAGUGAUUCGGAAACGUCUUCUUAUUGAUGGGGACGGGGCCGGGGAUGAUCGGCGUAUCAAUGUACUCCUGAAGAGUUUUACUAAAUGGUGCAACUCCCCUGCUACACCGGAGGAGGGGUUUACACAGCACCAGAGGAUGCAUGGAACAUUGGCACAGUGUGAAUUCUCAAUGCUAAAAACAUUGAUGGUUUAUGACAUGAACAUUCGGGAGAUGGAGAAUUAUGAGAAGAUAUACUCCAACAUAGAAGAAAACAUAACAUCUGCCCACGAGAAGAUAUCCGAAUGCAAAAAGGAGAUUCAGCGGGCAAAGAGAAUACGUAAAAAUCGACAAGAGUAUGAUGCUCUGGCCAAAGUUAUCCAGCAACACCCAGAUCGACAUGAGACACUAAAGCAGUUGGAGGCGCUCGACAAAGAACUUCAACAGCUGUCUGACAUAAAGGAAAAUGUGGAUGCAAAGCUCGAACUGAGGAAGAAGCAGUUUCAUGUUCUUCUCAGCACCAUCCAGGAACUACAGCAGACACUUGAUAAUGACGAUAAGUUGGAGACUGAUGGAAACAACCAGGAGAGCCCCAUGGAGAACGGAGAAUGAUUUAGUUUCUCUGAAUUUGUAUAACUUGUUUUGUUAUUACGUGAAUCUUUUUGUAUAUUUGAUUAAAGCUACCAAUUGACAAGGUUA